CCUGCUUGUUUAUUCGCUUCGUUUGGGUUUGUUUGGCCUUUUUUGUGUUGAUUUGACAAACUGCACACCUGAUCAGAAGCUAGCGAUUAUUUUGCCUGAGCUUGCUAAUACGUCUGCUGUCAUUGUUGCGUGGACCCCGUUGCAUGACACGUUCCCUAUUGAGAAGCCGCUACCUUUGAUCGUCGUUCGGCACAGCCUCGGAGCUACGACAGAUCUCUCGAGCCUCGACGCUGUUGACAUCUCAUCUGGAGACCUCAAUUCUGUCUACACAAAUACUUUGAAACCGUGCUACUAUGCCAACCAUGUGGUUAACCGACAAUCAGAAGAUCGGUGUCAUCUUUUGCUCCGCGGGGGGUAUAUUCCUCUGCGGAGGAGUGGUGAUGUUCUUCGACCGGUCAAUGCUCGCAAUGGGAAACAUCCUCUUCCUCAUCGGCCUGACCCUCAUAAUCGGCGUCGAAAAGACCUUCGCCUUCUUCUCGCGCCGCCAGAAACUCAAAGGCACAGCCGCCUUCGUCUUCGGAAUCCUCCUCAUCCUCUUCCGCUGGCCGCUCACGGGCUUCCUAAUCGAGCUGUACGGCCUGUUCAUCCUCUUCGGCGAUUUCCUGACUACGAUCGGCCAGUUUGCGGGGAACAUCCCCGUUGUGGGGCCCUAUAUCCAGCGCACGUUGGAGAUCUUGGCUGGCGGGAGGAGUAACGCUGAGCUGCCUGUAUAGUUCUGGAAUCUAGUUUCUCGUAUCUUUCACUGCAGAGCUUAGGGUGUUUCUUUUUGGAUCAUGAGAUUCCGCGGAUGAAUUUAUGUGUGUAUAUGACUAUGCGAGCUUUGUUGUUAUAUGUCGGUUCUCGACUGGCUGUAUUCCCGGUCCUAAAUGGUUCGUUUGAUUGACUGAUUGCUGGAUUGGUUGCUUGCAUGGCCCGGUGUACGAUGGUGCGUGCAUUAAUUGCCUGUCUAAGCGUGAGACAGGCUGGGACGGGAUAAACGUGGUAUAAUAUGCUUCCAGAUAU